AUGCAGUCCUCUCAACCUGUCGCCUCCUCGUCAUCAUCAGCCAUCCCUUCUUCAACAAGUUCAGCAAAUGGUAAACCCGACAGAUUAUACGUAGGGAACUUAUCGCCCACUGUAGAUGAAUAUACCCUGAUACAGAUAUUCUCAAAGUAUGGUAAAAUCACCAAACUGGAUUUCAUGUUUCACAAGACUGGUGUGUUGAAAGGUAAACCAAGGGGAUUCGCUUUCAUCCAAUUUACAGAUAAAGAUGAUGCACUCAAAGCGAUGAUCAAAUUGCACGAUAGAUUACUUCGAGGUAGGAAAUUGGUAGUUACCUAUGCAAGUUCCGCACCUCCCGAAAACCUACCACUGAUCAAUACCAAAGGUCGUCGACCGAAUGAUCCAUCUAAGACGACGACUUUGUCCUUGUUGAAAAGUUCCAAGAAACCUCAGAGUGCCGCAGCGCAGAUAGCAGCCAUGGAGGCUAAACUCGCCCAUAUGAAACGAACCAAACCUGCCGACGAAAAUUACGUACCCGGCUUAGGAGGAUCUACACCUUCCUCUAGGAAUGGUACACCGGGUCUAGAAGGAUCCCUCAUUUCGGAAGAGCAAGGCGAGGAGGUGGAGAUGGGGGAGGAGGAGGCUGAGAGAGCUGCAGAAGAAUUGGAAAGGGAGAUGAAAGAUUUAGUAAAUCAAGAAGGAUCGUCUACACCUCUACUUAUAGAUCCCAGUCGGUCAUCCACUCCUGUCCCAGUCGAGGACGAAGCCAAGAAAAUACCCUUGCCUCCUAAACCUGUUGAUGAAGCUCAAUCGGAAAUUGCGAUACCGCCAACUAGCUCGACGAUAGAAGGGCGAUCAAAACAGAGGGAAGAAGCUUUCAAAAAGGGUUUGGCCGGUUUACCUAAGAAACCUGUUUUCUAG